CUUUAUUCAAAUAAACCUGCAUAUUCAAACACUUUCUAUAUAUACACGUAUAUAGGGGCCAAUUGUAAUAAUCUAACUAAAAGAAUAGGAAGCAAGGGAGUUGAGAUAGGCUGUAGCAAAUGGGGAGUCUUCAAACCAAGGAUAAAAGCAACCCAAAUAUCAAAAUUAUUGAAGGGUUGAAGUAUAAAGUAAGGCAUCUCCAAGCUGAAGUGAAUGAAAUUAUGUGCAUAAGGGAACAUGAGAAUCAAGCUUACCAACAAGAGGUGAUUAUUUUUGCAUUGAAAGAAGCAGAGUGGAAACAAGAAAGGAAGAAACUUAAAGAGGAAGUGAAUAAAUGGAAAAAGACGUUGGAAGAGAAAGAAGAAGAGAAGUUCAAAUUUGGAGUGGAAAAUCAUGAGAUGAUAAGUGAAAAAGGGGAUAAAGAGUGUUAUAUUAGGGAAGAACAAGUAAGAAGAGAUGAGACAAUUGAGAAGUGGAAACAGCUCUAUUUUGCUAUCAAAAUUGAACUUGAUGAACUUAUUCAGAGGACAAAUCAAGGAGAAAGACUCUACUGUAGAACAGAAGAGGUGGAGUUAUUAGAGGAGCUACAUGGGAAGUUGAAAGCAAAGGAAGAAGCAAUUACAUAUUUAAAAGAAAGAAUUGCUUCAAUGGAAAAACAAGAAGUGAAGAGGGAGAGAGAAGUGGAUAUUUUGAGGCAAAGUUUGAAAAUUAUGAGCUACAACAAGAAGGUUACAAUCCUUAACAAAGGCUAGCAUUUAUAUGCGUGUCAUAAAAGAGUUUGCAUAUUGCAAUUAUACUAUUGUCUCUACUCUAAAAUAGUUUUCUUUGGUUCCAUUGAAGCAUUAAUGUGCUUCACAUAGUAGUUUUGACAUCUUUGUCCAGUUUAUUAUGGUUAUUUUUUUACCAAAGAGACGGUUAAUUUUUGCUAGGA